AUGCACGAGACCAUGACCGUGUCCAUGGUGCUUGUGAUGAUGGUGGUGGUGGUGAUGAUGAUCGUGCUUGUCGUGCUUGUCGUUCUUGUCGUGCUUGUCGUGCCGGUCAUGCUUCUCGUGCCUGUCGUGCUUGUCAUGUUGGUCGUGUUUGUCAUGCUUGUCGUGCCUGUCGUGCUUGUCGUGCUUGUCGUGCUUGUCAUGCUUGUCAUGCUUGUCAUGCUUAUCAUGUUUAUCAUGCUUGUCGUGCCUAUCAUGCUUAUCGUGCGAGUCAGGCUUGUCGUGCCUGUCGUGCUUGUCGUGCUUGUCAUGCCUGUCAUGCUUGUCGUGUUUGUCCGUGUGAUCCCUUUCAUGACGCUUGUCGUGCUUCUCGUGCUUGUCGUGCUGGUCGUGCUUGUCGUGCUUGUCGUGCUUGUCAUGCUUGUCAUGCUUGGCAUGCUUGUCGUGCUGCUGUUUGGGCUCGAUCUUGCUGUCGCGGCGGCUCUCGGAGCGACUGCUGGGCUGACUCUCAAUGCGACUAUCGCGGCGACUGUCCGAACGACUGUCUGCUGGAGAAGCGCCCGGCUUAUCACGGAAGGAGUGCUGAAGCGGCGAGUGCCGGUGGACGCUGUGCGCCGCCAAGCGAAGUGA